AUGGGUGCAACUUGGGAAACAAUUGCAUUCGCUUUCAAGACUCUUGGAAGUCAUGACCAACAGAAUCUCACGUACCUCACUGUAGGCCAAAUCCUUUUCCUACUUGCCCCCCUUUGGAUCAACGCUUUUGUCUACAUGGGAGUAGCGCGCAUGGUAUAUUUCGGAAUGCCCUCUCAGAAGCUCCUAGGUAUCAAAGCCGUUCGCAUGACACUCCUUUUCGUUUGGUUAGAUGUCAUUCUCUUCCUUGUGCAAGGUACGGGGGGUGUCAUGCUAUCCAACACGGACGCCGAUAGCGAUACAAUCGAUAUUGGAAUGAAGGUCUACAUGGCUGGAGUCGCCCUGCAGCUCGCCGUUGUCCUUGUCUUCAGCGGCAUCACUGUCUUCUUUUACUUUAAGCUACGACAGCUCGAGGGUCGAAGUAUGGGACGCAUGAAGUGGCUCAUCUGGACCAUGGUGGUUGUUCUCAUGCUGAUUGUGACUCGGAUCGUAUACCGCCUAGUUGAAUUUGGCCCUGGUGUUAACGCGCAUAACACGCUUCUUAUCCACGAGGGGUAUCCACUAGGUCUGGAUGCUACACCGAUCUUGAUUGCCCUCGUAUUGCUAAACAUUAUGCAUCCUGGCUUUGUCCUCCGUGGACCAGAGAGCGAGUUCCCCAAGUUGUCCCGCAAGGAAAAGAAGGCACUGAAGGAGCAGAAGAAGCAAGCCAAGAAAGCUCGCAAGGCUGGAGUUCAACAACUUGAAGAAUUGUCUAUUGACAAGCGGUCAAGUAGCAGUAGACAGGUCGUCUGA